CUGCGUUGCGCCGGUCGGACUUCGUCGUCUCUCCGGACGUUACGAAGACGGAAGGAAAGAGACUUCACAAUUACAGAUUAUAGACCUUGCUCCGGCGGACGCACCUUGCAUUUUCCUCGUUGACUUUGACUUUUCCCUUUGACGACUUCUUCUUCCUUGUAUUCUAUUUUUCUCGUUGAAUUGAAAUCUUCCGAAAUGUGAAUGUGGUGCGUUUUCGCCUUCUCCAAUUCAUCGCGCUUCUCCUCGAUUCGGGAGUCGUAGAAAGGCGGCAGAUCUUUCGCGACCAUGAAUCCUCAUCUGCCGCUCCUAUUCGCCUUCUUCCUUCUCAUUCGCGGAUCCGAUGCUUCUUUCCCCGACGACCAUUUCCGAUUCGCGCUUUCGGAGGUUUCUCCUCAGAGUAAAGCUCCGGCUCCUGGUCCUGGUCCUAGCUCUGUUACCAAUCGUAAAUUUAGUGGGGGUGCCCCAAAAAGUUCCCCAACUCCGGCAAUUCCGCCAUUUACCAGUUUAGUUGAUGGCUUUACUACCGAGAAGUGUAACUCGUCAUACAAUACUUGCCACGACCUUGAGAAUAUGACUGCUUGCCUUCUGUUUGCAGAACAUGCGGUGGUGGAACAAUAUCUUCUAAUCCAAAAUGACGGAGAGACUUCUAUGAAAGUGAACAUUAUAAUUUCCAAUGCUAAAUACAAGGAGAUAAAAAUCCCAGAACAUCAUGCCAAAAAGGUUAAUAUUUCAGAUGUUCCAGGAAAUUCCAUGAUUACAUUGGAAGCUGGAAAUGGGAAGUGUAUGAUUCACGUAGGAUUACUAACAAAAAGUGGCAGCAUUUUAAAGAAGAUCUCUUUCUAUUUAAACCAUUUGAACCUUGUUUCCGGAUCCUACCUGCUAUUUGCAAUCGUUUUGAUCAUUGGAGGUGUCUGGGCAUGCUGCAAUAUGGGAACCAAGGAACGGCAUGCCGAUGGAGUCCCAUAUCAGGAGCUUGAAUUGGCAGAGCACGACUCUUCUCCAACCAACGAUUUGGAAGCAGCAGAAGGAUGGGAUCAAGGCUGGGACGACGACUGGGACGAGUCGAAGUCUACCAAUAAAUCCAGUGCUCAAAUGAAGGCAAACGGAUCCUCAAACGGUCUCAACUCAAAAACUUCUGAUAGAGAUGGAUGGGGAAAUGAUUGGGAUGAUUAAGAAAAGAAACAGGUCAGAAUCUCCCCAUACUCCUCAACCUUGAAAGGUCAGAAAAAUUUACUGAACAUAGCAAAUUUUUUAGCAACAGAAUGAUGAAGGAUAAAAAUUCUGCUUCCCUCCCAACCAUGUCAUAGGGUAAAAAGCUGUGAGAUAAUUUUUGACUGUUCAGUUACAAGUGUAUGCUUAUGACAAUAGAUAGUUUUUACUUUUUUUCUUUGGCAGACAAUAGGUCUCAGUUUUGCUCCUAGUAGAGCUGGAAAUUGGAAUUUGGAAAAGAGCAAUAAUUCAACUCUUUUAGUAAAGAGCAUAGCAAUGAUAAGACUAUUUGCUUUGUAUUGUUAAGUGGUAGCGUGCUUACAUAGAUGAAGAGGGUAUCAUUUGGCCCCUCAAUAAAGUGCAAACCAAAAGAGAAAAGGUUUUGAAGUGCCCA